AUGGAAAUGAGUUCUAUACGCGUGAAGUCUAAGGUUGGUGCAAAUGAGCUAGUCUCGUCUACAACAUGGCUCCAAUCCCAUGGUCUCAGGAAAAAGAAGCUGACUCUGCCAAAGAUAUUGGCGCAGCUUGGUUUCCAGCAUAAAGAAGACUAUGAAAACAAACUUGGGCGACCAGUAUCCUCGCGAUAUGCACAUGGUCUUUUCCACCAAUAUAACUUUGAUGGUAAAAUAUAUAAUCUGACAGCCAAGAAAGAACAUUUCCUGCAGAAGAUCCAUUUGGUCGCCGAUGCUAUUGAGCUGUACAAGCAAAGACUCGCCUGGCUCGCUGGGGGAAGCCGGCUUACGUUUGGUGUAAUACAGGAACAGUCUGUAGUUUUUAUCCUAGACUUUAAUACUGUGACUAAACUUCAAUAUGACCGAAGCCGGGAUGCUUUCUGCAAUGUUCUCCGAGAACAGGUGGCACAAAUUUCCAAGUUUAACUUAAUUUGGGUUUCGCUGGAGCCUGUUAAAUGGCAUCAGAAAACUGUUCGUGGCACUCGGCAGUCAAUCGAGGCAGCUGUUGAGUGGGUUUCGAACCUACCAUAUACACCAGUGGACAACCUAGAUAGUGCCGCUGAAGCUUUAUCACAAGCGGUGAAUGACCAGGUUGAAGCCGUGUACUACUUUUCUGUAGGAGACAUUUCUGAUGGAAAGGAAUCACUAUUGGUGCAAAGCUUUUCGAGUAGCCCGCGUCCAAUUCAUGCUGUGUCUUAUAACCCCCAAAGCAGUGGAACUAUUACAUUUUGGAAAGAGUUACGCCAUCAGUCUUCUGGCAGGUUCCAUCUAUAUUCAGAACAAAAUAAAAAUACUGUCAGGACGUUAACUCAACAUGGGGAAGAUCCAGCCACAACAAAGCCAAUCGCUGCCAACAUUCUUCCUGAGUGUGACCUGAGAGAAGAUCAGCUGAUGAUUAGGAAGGAAAUGGAUGAAGCCGAAAAUACUCUUAAAAAAUUACAUGAUAUUUUAAAAGCAUUUUAUGAUCCUGAUGAUGAAAACAGCACCCAACCCAUGCCUGAGCCAGGACCUGACGAUUAUGUUAGUUCAAAAGAAUGGCUAAAAAAAUUUGGAUUAAAACCACAGAAACUGCGGUUUUAUGAUGCCCUCGCAGACUGUGCUUUUCGCCACAGUGAUGGUGUAGUGGACAUUAAGACGAAGCCAGAGGAUGAGUCCGUGCAGACAGAUGCUGAAAAUAACAUAAAAUUUAUCAACGCCAAAUACUGUGAUCGCUUUGUGCACACGAUCUGGAAAGAUGGCUCUGUGGUCCAUCUAUACGUCAGCAAAGAAAAGUGUCGGUGGUAUGAAGAAAAAAUGAAGGCUGCUCUAGAGCUGAUGGAGAGAAGAGUCAAGUGGCUUCAGAAAGGCAGCAGAGAACUUUUUGGCACUAUCCUUGAAGACCAAAUCUACAUUCUAAUUGACGUCUCACAUUCCAUGAAAGAGAAGCUGUUUCUUGUGAAGGAAAAAAUAUUUCAACUUAUGGAGGAGCAGCUCAGAUACAAAAAGAUGUUCAACUUUGUAAAGUUUGAUUCUAAAGUUGAAGCGUGGAAGUCACAAUUAGCAGAGGCUACUGAAAACAACUUAAGAGAUGCUUGGUUUUGGGUUAAAGAGCUUCAGGUUGGCAGCUCAACUAACACCCUGAGAGCUCUCCAAGUGGCGCUUGCAGACAGCAACACUCAAGCAGUAUACCUGCUUACUGAUGGACGCCCUGACCAGCCCUCUUCAUUGAUUCUCAAUCAACUGAAUCUCCAGCAACAAGUUCCAAUACACACCAUUUCCUUCAACUGCGAUGAUACGGAGGCAAACAACUUCUUGUAUGAGCUUUCAAAAAAGACAGGUGGGAGAUUCCACUGUUAUAACAGUUAUCUAAAAGACUCAGAAGCCCCACAGCCUUUCGUGAGUGAAGACAUACAGUUACUUGUGAAUGAGAUCGAGAUGGGUAAAGCAGAUCUGGAGAAAAUACAGAAAGUUCACAGCGAAUGCUUAAUGUUGGAUUGGUACCACAACGGAGAAAAAGAUAUUUCACAUACGUCUUUUCAGUUCCAUCAGAAAUCUCUGGUUAGAUCACAGUCAGCUCAUGAACUUACCGCCACCGCGCCACUUCUGCACAGGCCAAGGCUUAGUGCGCCGAAACUGCUCCAGAGGAACAAAGCGCGCCAUGCAGCACAAACCAAAUCUAGCCUUCUUCGGGCCCUCAGCCAUGGGGUGAACCUCAGUGAAAGCUCAGUAGAAACAGACAUGCCCACAGAAACUAAAGAUCUUUUUAACAAUAACAACAAGAAAACUGCCAAGGUCCUCAAAGAAUUAAAAAUUGUAGAUGGCGCCACAUCAAGACAAAAAGUCAAGCGACUGACAAAAGAUUCUCUGGACGUUUCUUCUGGCCGCUGGCUGAAGACGCGCGGUUUGGUUGCUAAACGUCUUACCAUAAUGGAUGUGCUUGGCCCCACGACUGUUCCACACACUGCUAAAUAUGUGCCAAUUCUUGACAAGCACAUACUUUCUAAAGUUUUUAAUGAGAUUCAGGUCUGGAGCAUUACUCAUGGUAAACCCAAUGUAUCUGUGCAGUUGCUGUGCGUUUCUCAUGAGCUCGCUAUCUUUCAGAAGCUUUCAGAAGCUUACAACUCACCGGGAUCUGUGGCAGUGUUACCGUUGGCUCACAUAAAUGGAAACCGGAAGCUCAUCACAUUAAUAAAUCCCCAAGCUGUGAAUCUCAGUGAAUACAAGCAGAAGCUGGCGCGGGCAAUUGGGUAUUAUGAAAGACGUUUAAAUUUAGUCAUUUGGAGAGCUUUAUCUCAGGAGGAAAGAGAUAAGUUUGAGAGCGACACUCCAAUCUCAUACCUGGAAAACAAAGAGGCUUUAUUACAAGCCUUAGACCGGCUCGGCUGGCCCAUUCCUCUUGAUGAUGUGAUGUUACUGGAGGAAGAAAUCGAAGCCGGGAAAAGAUACCUCCAGCAGGCUUCGGAUCUUCAGGAGGCCAUCAAAAGUAAAACACCAGCGACCGCUACAAAAGACAUCAAGAAUGAAAAUCCGAAAAUGAAGCAGAGUAAGAAAGUUUUAGACACAAUGAGGAGUCAAAGGGUCAUUGCAAGGUCAGAAGUUGGAUUUUACUACCAAGGUACUGUUGUAAGGAGUAUCAGUUCCAAGCUUGCUCUUGUGGAUUUUUGCCAAGGAGAAAAUCAGAUUGUUCCAAUUAAAUUUAUAAUACAGACUGGAGGAGCAGUGUCCUGUCCGCCUCUAAAGGUUGGGGAUUUUGUGUUUUCAAAAACCGGGACAGGAAGUGGUUGCUAUGUGCCUGCUGUCGUCAUAGCAACACCAAGGACUGAAGCAGCAGAUAAACUGUACUCCGUUCUAAAAUACAACAAUAGAAAAGAGCACCGUUUAAGAAGCGAGCUCAUCAAAAUCAGCCCAUCACUAUUUGCUUAUUCCUGUCGCUACAUUAGGAAAGCACAGAUGGUGGAUUUUAGUAUACCAAAUGUCCAAAUUGUUAAACCUCUCAUGAAGCUGUCGCCUCCUGGGGAGGAAAUGUGCAAGAGAUCAAAGAAAGGAAGAAGACGCAACCUAUCUGAAGAGAAAUCCCCUGUAGACAAACCUAUUGCGUGCCUUGAAACUGAUAGCAAAGAGGAAGAUGGCAAAAAUGAAAACACCGGUAUUCACAAGAAACUGGAAGAUUUCAUAUCUCAGAUAAUGCAAUAUCAAGAGGAACAGAGGACUCAGCAACAAGCAGUCCAGGAGUACCUAAAGGAAAUAGCUAUGUUAAGGUCUCAUCAAGAUAAAUGUCCAUCUGAAGAGGAAAUAAAAGACAUUUCAAGGAAGCAGCUUGAUCUCCUUCAGCAACUGGAGAGGCUGAUGCCGGCUAGCAACAUUCAGCAGAAAAAGGAAGAGGUCAGUAAAGAUCAAGCUGCUAUGAAGCAACAAAAGCCAGGCAACGUGGAUGAUAGCCCACUGGUUCCCAACCAAAAAGUUAUGGCUCUCUGCACCUAUAAUGGAUGGUAUGAAGAAGGAUCCAUUGUUCAUGACUGUGGAGACCAGAGUUACUUUGUACAAAUGUCCUCUGGUGAGAUGUCAAGGAUGUGGAAGGAGGAUAUAUUUAGUGAUACUGAUGACUACGAGAAAGAUAUACAGGAAGGAGAGACGGUAAUCGCACCUUAUCCACAACAUAUUGGUAGUUACUGUCCCGCCAUUGUAUUGAAAGUAAUGGCGGACUUUAAACUGAUGGUUCAGUAUUAUGAUCACACUGAAGAUUGGGUGGCAAGGGAGAGGGUGUACUCUAUGAGCCGUGAAAGAUACGAGCGGGACACUGCAUACAUCUUGGAGUGUGAAAAGAGAUGGCUUGGGCAGGCAGUGGUGGCCAGGAACAAUGAAACUGGGACAUUCCAUCUGGCGGAAGUACAGAGGCGUGUUGGUAGCGGCAGACAGUAUGCUAUUUGUUGGACCGAUGGCAGUAUGGCUAUUCAAGACAUAGACUGGAUAUUCGGGAAAUUCAGCCAGCCCCAUGUUCUAGAUAUUGGUCAUCACAUCUUGACUUUAGCUUCUCCAUCUUCACUCACUUUUCUACCUGGUGUCAUCACUGGAAGCAGCGGGAAGAAACUGCAUGUUGAGUUUUGCAAUGGAAAAAGCUGCCAGAGCGUGGAAUCCCAUCACUGUUUCGGCCUCUCAGAGAGCAAAUUUUACAGCGCAGUGCAGUUUUACCACCAGCACAACCAAAGAAGAACUACAGAUGGAGAAGACACAAUCUCUGAAAAUGAAGAUUCACAUUCGGACAUCUCAUCUAUUACAUUAACAUCAACUGAUUCAGAUGAAGACAUUUAUGAUUAG